CCUGUUUCUUGCACUGAACGAGGUUGCACGCUCUCUCUCUCUCUCUCUCUCUCUCUCAACUCAGAUGUUAAGCUACAGCUUACACUAUACAAACAAACAAGAUGAAGCCUAACGUCUAGCUUCUUUCUUCCUUUCAUUUUCAAACCCAAAAAGGAACACAAAGUUCGUGUCUUUUUUAAUCGUCUCGACUGCAAAUGUCAUCCUCCUCUGCAACUGCAGUCACCGCAACAAGAAGAUUUAAAUGGCAGUACCCACCACCCCAACCAACACCAAGAAUCCUCCACCUCCCUCGGAGACCUCGCCGGAGAGCUACCAAGAACGUUCAUGGCGGAAAACACAAUUCAGGGGAGGCCAGGAAGGACCACAAGGGAAAGCUGGAGGCUCUGUUUGAUCAAGAGAGAGCUUUUUCGAGAACCGGUUCGCCGGUUGUGCUUCUAGAGUGUGGGGAUGGGGAGGAGAGAGAGAGGAAGAGAGAGAGGGUUAGAGAGGAGGAGGAGGAGGAGGAGGAGGGUGGGGGAGUGGUGGAGGAGGAGAGGUGGAGGUUUCAGGCUGAGAUGCUGAGGGCGGAGUGUAAUUUGUUAAGGAUGGAGAGGGAUAUUGCUGAAAAGAAAAUGGAGAGGACCAAGGUUAAGAUGGAGAGGACUCUUAAAUCAGCUGUGCACACUCUUGUUUCUGGGCAAAAGAAGAUUUGCAACGGAAAGGUUUUGGAGGAAGAGAUUCAACACUUGGCAGAGAAACUACAGAGGUUGCAAAGAAAUUUACGCGUUAAGGAUUCGGAGGUUGGGAAGAACUCUAGUAAUUUUGAUAAACAAGCCUAUCAUCUCCAAACAAGGCUUCAGAAGUUUAGGACGACAUCGGAUGAGAUACGUGUGAAGGAGAUCCAAGGGAUGGCAGAAGCAAGCUUGUCGAUCAAAUCAAGCUCUCGAGUAAAUGAGAACUUGGUUUCGGGUGGGAAAAGCAAUGCGGAGAUUCUGAGAAGGAAAAUGGAGGGAUUGUCGAAUGGGAUGUUAUUAGAGAGGAUCAAGGAAGAGUAUGGUUCAAUGCUGUCUACAGCCAAUAGUUCGGUUGCCAGUUCUGCCUCUUCUUUCCAGAGAAUUGAAGCUGCAAAUCUGUCUUCUUCCUUGAUACAACAAAUUUACAAGGAGAAAGAGUCUCGUGAAGAGGACGUAUGCUCAGGACGUUGCAAGGCAAUAGUUCGAAGAAUUGUAGAGCAAGUCCGAGUUGAGACAGAGCAAUGGUCUCAGAUGCAGGAGAUGCUGGGGCAGGUGAGGGAGGAGAUGGAAGAAUUGCAGGCUUCUAGGGACUUUUGGGAAGAUCGAGCUCUAGAUUCUGAUUACCAGAUUCAAUCCUUACGCUCAGCUGUGCAAGAAUGGAGACAGAAAGCCAUUUCAUCUGAAAGCAAAGGAAGGGAGUUACAAGUGCAAGUGUCAACGCUCCAAGGAGAGCUUGAUAGGUUGAGGAAGGAAGAAAGCACAAGACUAAUGAAGUCCAACGGUUCGCCACUUAUUCCCCGGAAUCCACAUAACGAAAUGGAAAAGCGGGUACUGAUUUGUCACUUGAAGGAAAAUCAGCGUACCAAAGAAGACGGGCGCAAGCAAAGGGAGGGUUUAACUGAUGAAAGUAAAAAACCAGACGCAUACAUCAACACAACACCUAAUGCUCCGAAGCGAACGCCAUUCAACAUCGGAAACUCCUCAUUUUUGGCGAGGCAGAAUGGCAAAGCAGCCUUCCCGUGUCAUUACCCUCAACCUUCCAAGACAUAGAAAAGUUUUGAGAUUCAGUACAUGGAUUCAGCUUAGGGAUUUUCAUCUACUUUACCCGUAUUAACUGUAGGAAAUUCUUCCCCCUUUCUAAUCAUGUUAACUGUACGGCCCAUUGUUCUAAUUGAAGAGGGUUGGUGAGUUGGAAUCUAAGUUCUAAGGAGUCGGUAUCAAUUUAUGCUUAAUUGCUCCGCAUAUAGUG